GUAGCAUUGCUCUCUUCAAUCAUAUGGAUUCGUUGUUUCAGAUGGCAUCCGCAAUGAAGUUUCAAUACUACUCGAAGAAAGCUGCUGGAAAGACAAUGUCUAAUAGUGUCUCCAUGUCCAGUGACAAUCGCAUGGAGGAUUUUAAACGUCGUUUUCGUCGAAGUGGAUCGUUAGGAAUUCCAUUUGUCCCAGAAGAAGAUGUUAAACAACUCUUCACACCAACUCGUACUGUUCGUCGAGAAGCAUCUAUUCGCGAAGGGGAUGAGGAAGAAGGAGUACAAAUUCUCACAAUAAUUGUCAAGUCAAGUCGUGUUUCGGAGGAUAUCUCAAAAAUGAUUGCAAACCUCCCUGAUCACACUCGUAUCAAACAUUUGGAGACUCGUGACAGUCAAGAUGGAAGUUCCAAAACUAUGGAUGUUCUUCUAGAGAUUGAGCUCUUUCAUUAUGGAAAACAAGAAGCAAUGGAUCUUAUGAGACUUAAUGGGCUUGAUGUUCAUGAGGUGUCAUCGACUAUUCGUCCAACUGCAAUAAAAGAGCAAUAUACAGAGCCUGGAUCUGAUGAUGCGACAACCGGUUCUGAAUGGUUUCCAAAAAGUAUUUAUGAUUUGGAUAUUUGUGCAAAAAGAGUGAUUAUGUAUGGAGCAGGGCUGGACGCUGAUCAUCCUGGUUUCAAAGAUACCGAGUAUCGUCAACGUCGAAUGAUGUUUGCUGAACUGGCGCUCAAUUACAAACACGGUGAGCCAAUUCCGCGAACCGAAUAUACAUCAUCCGAACGGAAAACUUGGGGAAUUAUAUAUAGAAAAUUGAGAGAAUUGCACAAAAAGCACGCAUGCAAGCAGUUUCUUGAUAACUUUGAGCUACUGGAGAGACAUUGUGGAUACUCGGAAAAUAAUAUUCCGCAACUAGAAGAUAUCUGCAAGUUUUUGAAAGCAAAAACUGGAUUCCGUGUUCGCCCAGUCGCCGGAUACUUAUCAGCUCGUGAUUUCUUGGCAGGUCUUGCAUAUCGUGUCUUCUUCUGCACUCAAUACGUUCGCCAUCAUGCCGAUCCAUUUUACACUCCAGAACCAGACACCGUUCACGAGCUCAUGGGUCACAUGGCUCUAUUCGCUGAUCCAGAUUUUGCUCAGUUUUCUCAAGAGAUUGGAUUAGCUUCUCUUGGAGCAUCAGAGGAAGAUUUGAAGAAGCUUGCAACACUCUACUUCUUUUCCAUUGAAUUUGGUCUCUCGUCUGAUGACGCUGCCGAUUCUCCAGUAAAAGAAAAUGGAUCAAAUCAUGAAAGAUUUAAAGUAUACGGAGCAGGACUUCUGAGCAGUGCUGGCGAGUUGCAACAUGCCGUUGAGGGUAGUGCAACCAUUAUUCGUUUUGAUCCGGAUCGUGUUGUUGAGCAAGAAUGUCUCAUUACUACUUUCCAGUCAGCGUAUUUCUAUACUAGAAAUUUUGAAGAGGCCCAGCAGAAACUCAGAAUGUUCACCAACAACAUGAAACGUCCCUUCAUUGUUCGUUACAACCCAUACACAGAAAGCGUCGAAGUUCUCAACAACUCCCGUUCCAUUAUGUUGGCAGUGAACUCUCUCCGCUCAGACAUCAACCUGCUCGCCGGAGCUCUCCACUACAUCCUGUAGUUUGAGUUUCCGUGUUUUUUAUUUUUUUUAUUUGGUUUCUGCUUUCUUCUUAUUUAUUUUUUCCUUUAUGUCUGCUUCUAUUUUCAGAACCAACAUAAUUCUAGAGUUGAUUCUUUUUCGAGUUGACCAUUGAUUCUCCAGUCGUUCAACAUCUAUUUUUCUUUUUUGCUUUAUUCUUUUCAAGAAAAAAUAAAUAAACGAUUCAA